GCCCUCGGAGAACCUCUCUUAUUUCUAAUUUAGGACGUAGGGUUGCAAACUUCAAAGUCUGUAAUGAGUUUGAUGCAACAGAAUACGGGAAGGCUGUCGGAGAAUUUCUUUGACAGCUGGUUAAGUGGAUCACGCGACGGGCUUCCGAAAUAAACCGUGCUGGUAGGGCUGAAGACCCCGGUGUGCAAUUUCGUGAGUAUAUUUCAGCGGCGCAGCGCGUUGAAUGAGGCUCUUCAGCCAGUCACCUCGGCGCGAGACGUUCUUUUCGAUUUUCCUUCGUUCCGCAUCGCUUUUACUUUCGCUGCAAAAUACACACUCGUUGAUUCUGUCUCAUUCAUUCCCCUACUUCCCUCUUUUCAAAACUUCAAUUUUCGAUAUCGCGCAUCAGGGGCCGGACCCAUCAUCACUAUGCUUAUCAAGAACAUUCUGUUCUUGGGCCUUGCAGCCCUCGCGGCUGCGAAUCCCCUUCUCGAAGACAGGGCCACUAGCAAAGCCGUUGCCGGCAGCAAGACUGGCAAGAAGGGCAAGGUUGACACGUGCGACAACACCAGCGCCCUCACUACUGGCGUGACUUGCCCCCGCGUGAAGUUCACCGCGGCCCAAAUCCAGCGCACUGUAAAGCAGGCCAAGGCCAUGAAGCUCAAGGGCAAGAAGGGCAAGGGCAUUCACUUCCCGGCCAAGUACAAGCAUGACAAGGAGGUGAAGAUCAAGGUCAAGGGAAUCAAGGGGACUAAGAGCAAGACGGGGAAGAGAGAUUUGGAUGAUAGGGAGGAUGACGAGGACGAUGAGGAUGAUGAGGACGAUGAGGAUGAUGAGGAUGAUGAGGAUGAUGAGGAUGAUGAGGAUGAUGAGGAUGAUGAGGAAGACGACGAGCAUCUCGACAUUGAGGCUCCGGAGGACCACGCCCACAAAGGCCAGUCUCUGGUGACCCGCACCCUCGAAGCCCGCCGUGGCCGUGGAGGCGGAAGCUCCCGAAGCAGGCCUAAGGCGACCAAGCCCAAGACUACCAAGCCCAAGACUACCAAGCCCAAAACCACCAAGCCCAAGACCACCAAGCCCAAGAAGGAGAAGUGCAAGAAGGCCGCUCCAGUCAAGGUCGGGCCAGGCGCUUGGAUGUUCCCCAUCCUUAAGACGGGCGUCUGGAAGCCUGGUAUGAUGCCUGAGCUUAAUUACGUUAUCCUAGACCGCAAGUAUAACUACGUUAAGACCGCCGAGCGCGAGCCUGGUUCUGCUGAGGAGUUUGAUAUCUGUGUUGAGAAUCCUAAGAAGGGGGGCAAAGCUACCAAAGGUAAGACAACUAAAGGUAAGACUACCUAGACGUUGGGUUUUUUGGAGCGCAGCUGGGUUAUACAGCCGCUAGAUUGCGAGUUAGAAGCUUCAGUCUAUUGAUUUUAAGUCAUAUACCCACUAGUAGGAGCACCACAGUUCGAAG